AUGGAACGGCUUCUACGCCCUCCCCGGUUCGAGGUGGACCCUGACUCUGCCCAGGCCGCCAAGGAGUGGACACACUGGCUGAGGACAUUUACAAACUUCAUUCAAGCAGUGCAGCUGACUACCCCUACGCUUGACAAACUGGUUCUUCUCACUAACUAUGUGGCUCCUAGUGUGUAUGACUUUAUUUCCGAGUGUGAGACUUAUGAGAAGGCUGAAGAGGUUCUGACAUCUUUGUACGUGAAACCAAAGAAUGAAAUAUUUGCCAGACAUUUACUUGCGACUCGCAGGCAAAACUCAGGUGAGUCCCUGGAUCAGUUCCUGCAGGCACUGAAGCUACUUGCUAAGGACUGCCAAUUCAAAAGUGUAACUGCGGAGGAAGCGUGUGACAGUUAUGUUCAGGAUGCCUUCAUUAAUGGUUUGGUCUCGUGUGCAAUACGCCAGCGUCUGUUGGAGAAUAGGACACUGAACCUAAAUACUGCUUAUGAACAGGCCCGCACUCUGGAAAUGGCCCAGAAGCAUUCAGCCUCCUACUCUUCAGCAGAACCUGUCAAUGCUGCUGUGUCAGCAGUGAGUCGAGAGGAGGAAUUGUCUAGUGCUGAAAAUAACAGUGAGUCUGUUUCUGCUGCUACUUCUGGUGCUCGAUGUUUUUUUUGUGGGAACAACCGGCAUCCCCAGACUCAGUGUCCUGCUAAAGACGCAGUGUGUUUGAAAUGUAAGAAGCGAGGGCAUUAUGCUAGGGUGUGCCGCCCUGUGAAACAGGUGAGUGGCUCUUCUAGCCCAAAACAUUCCGCAGCAAUGCUAGCUUCAAUAGUGGGGGCCUCCCCUAAGUGUCUUGAAAAAUCCAUAACACCUCUCAAGCUUAAUGGUAGCUCUGUCAGUGCCCUUAUUGAUACUGGGAGUUCAGACAGCUUUGUGCAUCAUGAUAUAGUGGACCUAAACAAACUAACUAUGUCUCCAGAGCAUGGAAAAGUCUCUAUGGCUAAUGAAUCCCUGUCCUGA